GAUAAAUACCUUAAAACUGCCCGGAUGUUUCUCCCCGCCCUCUCACUUGCCCUUCCCGCCCCCUCACGUGCAAAAGCGGUCUGGCUCCGAGGCUAUGCAUUUAGGUGAUCAAAGGAAUGGGCGGAGUGGGGAAAUCAUCGUUGGCAGCCAAAUAUGCAUUUGAAUGUAAACAUCUGUAUAGUGAUGGAGUGCUGUAUUUCAAUGCAGAAUCAUGGGCAACACUGACAAACUCAGUCAUACACAAUCUCACAGUUUUGUCUUUAAGUUCUCCUUCUGUUUCACGUUCUCAAAGUCGAUUUGAUGAGCUAAAGAGCAAUCCAUUAGAAGACAAGAAUGCAGUGCUGCUUAACCACAUUUCCAAGCUUCCUAAGAUGUUGCUGGUGUAUGAUGGUGCAGAUGAUCUCUCUUUUCUGCCUAAAAUUCUUCCUCGUUCAACUGCUCAUGUCCAUAUAUUGAUCACAACUCGAUGUGAUGAUUGUUCUGUGUUACAGAAAUCAAUAAAUCAUGUCAUCUCUCUUGGUUGUUUGGAAGCGGAAGAUGCUGUGGCAGCCGUAGCCAUGUGGUCUGGUCGUCAACCGUCCAACAGUCAAGAAACAGCAGCAGCCACCAAAUUGUCAGUUGAAGCUCCCAUAGAAAAGCUAGCAAUUGCUCUUGCUCAUGCAGGCACGUAUAUGCGAAAGGCACAUCUAAGUUAUGAGGAAUAUUACAAACUGUUGAAAAGAAAUGAAGUUGAACUUGAGGCUUUGGCAUUGGAUCUUGACAAACUGUUGCAUUACUUUAGAGCAAGUCGUCUACGUGAAGUACUUAUGGAAGCUGAUGUAACUCAGCCUCCUGAUUUGAAACGGUUGAGUGACAGGAAUAUUGAUGAGUUGGAUAUAAGUGAACGUGAGAAAAAUGUUGUAAAAAAUGUGAGAAAUUUUAUGAUGUCUUCUAGCCAUGCUCAUCUGACAUGGCAGAUGGACAUUGAGUUGGUUGCAAGAGAGAAUCCCAAAGCGUUGUCUCUACUUGAAUAUGCAUCAUUUCUGUCUUCAAGAGACAUUCCAGAGAAGCUCGUUCGUCCUCUUGUGUUUGGUGAAUGUGCCAAUUAUGAAUACAGUUUGUGUGUCUCAAGUUUGUCUUCACACAAUUUAGUUGAAUGGCACGAGACAGCAGAAGGUUACACUUUGAAUAUUCAUCCAUUGGUGCAGUCAACAGUGAUGGAACGUGUCAAGCAGCAGCCAGAUGAGAUGGAAUGUAAACUAACUGAUGUUUGUAACAAUAUGCUGUUUCAUAUACCGUACAGAGAAAUGGACUUAAAUUGUCUUCCAAGUGAUGUACGACUUCAACUUACUUCUCACUCGUAUUCAUUGGCUAAGCAUGUAUUGCUAGCUGAUGUAGAAAUACCAACUUGCUUGCAUUUGGUUAGGUGGACGUGUGCUACAUUUAUGCCGUUCCAGCCUCCUGACACAUCAUAUUAUUUGUGUGAAAAAUGGUACCACAAAUUGAUGCAGUUGGACAGUUUGCCAUUUGAGGUCAAACGCAAAUGGCUCAUAGAAGCAAGUAAUCUUUUGGGUAUAGCAUAUUUUUGCAAGUGGAAAUGUAAGGAAUCAUUAGAUUUGAGUCUGAAAAGCAAGAAGAUGAUUGAUGAGUUAAAACCAGAUGAGAAGAAAGAAAUAUAUCAACAUCAUAAAAAAGUGUUGCAGGUUAUUCAUCUUUGCUAUCAAUUGUUAAACAAAUUUGAAGAAGAAAAGUUUUAUCUGAAAGAGCUGAUGUUGCUGAUGAAAACAUCUGGAGAACAACUUGGAGCUGAAUUUGCUUUAAUUGAAUGCACGAUGGCAGGGAACUACUUUAAGAGGGGUAAACGAGACAAAGCAAUGAAAUUGUGCCAACAAGUGAUGGAAAAGUUAAAUGAUAUGGAGGAAUAUGAUCAGAUCAAAGUGAUGACAAUAUUAUCAAAAUGUUUUUUAUCUUUUGGAGAAUUUGAAAAAGCAGAUGAUUUAUUGGAUAGGUCAUGGAAAUUGAUUUCCAAAGUUAAUUAUUACAAUUUUGUUCAUGAUCGUCUUGCAGAGAAAGUGUUAAUGGAGACUCAGAGCCAUGAUAGUUGA